UGCGCGGUGACGUCACGGCGCGGUGACGUCGGCGGGCGUCGGAGCGAAGGGGAGGCCCGCGGCCGCCAUGAGGGUGGUAGCUCUCGUCAGCGGCGGGAAGGACAGCUGCUACAACAUGAUGCAGUGCGUGGCGGCCGGCCACCGGAUCGUGGCCUUGGCCAACCUCAGACCGGCGGAAAGCCCAGGCGGCACGGACGAGCUGGACAGCUACAUGUACCAGACUGUGGGCCACCAGGCCGUCGGCCUGUACGCGGAAGCCCUGGGCCUCCCCCUCUACCGCCAGACCAUCCUGGGGAGCAGCCUCAGCACCGGCCGCGUCUACGCCGAGUGCCGCGGCGACGAAGUCGAGGACCUGUACCGGCUCCUGAAGCGCGUUCGGGAGGAAGAAGACAUCGAGGGCGUGGCGGUCGGGGCCAUCCUGUCCGACUACCAGCGUGUCCGAGUGGAGGACGUGUGCACGAGGCUCGGGCUUCAGCCCCUCGCUUACCUGUGGCAGCGGAACCAGCAAGAUCUGCUCAGAGAAAUGAUCUCGUCGGGCAUCCGCGCCGUGGUCGUCAAGGUGGCGGCUCUGGGGUUAGACCCAGCCGAGCAUCUCGGAAAAUCGCUGGAACACCUGGAGCCUCAUCUCUUGAAGCUGGCGGAGCGGUACGGAGUCCACCCCUGCGGGGAGGGCGGAGAGUACGAGACCUUCACGCUGGACUGCCCCCUCUUCGAGAAGAGAGUGGUAGUGGACUCGUCGGAAGUGGUUUUGCACUCGGCGGACGCCUUCGCCCCCGUGGCCUACCUGCGCCUCUCGGGCCUGCACCUGGAGGACAAGCCGGCGGGGCGUCCGGACGAGCCUCUCGCGGGUAGCUGUCCCUGCGGCGCGGACCGCGGUCGGGAUGGGGCCCCGGCCGCGGCCCGGGACGAGGAGCCCGGCAGAGGAGGGGCGGGAGAGGACGAGGAGGAGCUGGAAGGCGGAGGAGAGGACGGGGAGGCGGGAGCCGGCCCCCCUCCUCCGACCCUGUGGCCCCCGGGCACGCCGCCGGACGGCCCGGCGGCCGGGUGCUCGGGGAAGGCCCCCGGCGGAUUCCGGUGGAUCGGGGGCCGCCCGGUCCGCCCCCUCCCGGCAGAAGGAGACGACGUCCGGGAAACCGCCCUCCGGGCCUUCCGCGCCUUCCGAGGGGCUCUCCGGGCCGAGGGGCUGGACUGCCGGGAUGUCCUGUUGGUGUAUCUGUACGUGAGGGACGUGGAUCGCUUCUCCGCCGUCGACUCGGCCUACGCCGCCGUGUUCGACGGGCGUCCGCCCGCCAGAGUCUGCGUGGAAGCCCCGCUGGCGUCCGGCGGUGCUGCUGCAGAUGGACGGCCUGGCCCAGGAGCGGCCCGGCCCGGGAGGCUGCGGGUGCGGAGCGUCUCGCACUGGGCGCCCGCCAGCGUCGGCCCCUACAGCCAGAGCGCCGGGGUGGGAGAGCUGGUGUGCUGCUCCGGGCAGAUCGGGCUCCGGCCCUGCACCAUGCAGCUGGUGGGCGGCGGCGCCGGAGCCGAGGCCCGCGUCGCCCUGGGCCACGUCCGGAAAAUCCUGGCCGCCUCGCGGCCGGGCCUCCGGCUCCGCCACGCGCUGUUUGCCCACUGCUACGUCACCCGCAGCGACUCCGUCCCGGCCGCGCUGGCCGCCUGGCACGCCGGCACCGAGGAACACGACCAGGAGGAAGAGCCGAGCGCCCCCGGGGACGGGGGAGCGUCCCCGCCGGCGUCGGCGGUGGUGACGGUGCUGGUGGUGCCCCGCCUGCCCCGGGGGGCUGCGGUGGAGUGGCACGUGGUGGCCGUCGCCGACGAGCCCGGCCGACGGAGGCACCGCAGGUGGCGGCGGGCCACCCGGGACUGGCGCGUCGAGUGCCGGGCGACGGAGGCCGGCGAAGCGUCCGGCGUCCUCGCCGCCUUGUCCCCGUGCCGGCCGCCCCCGCCGGGCCGCCGGGCGGACCCGGCCGAGGCCGCGGACCUGCUGGGGGAGGUGGUCCUGCGGGCCGCGGGCUGGUGCUCGGAGGCCGGCGGGGCCCCGCCGCUGGCCGUCAGGGGCUUCUACAGGCAGGGCGGCGUGGACCCGGAGGUUCUGUUCACAGGGCUGCGGCGGCGGCUGGGAGGGCGGCCGGGCGAGACGGCUCCGGCGCUGGUCACGGUCCCGGUGAGCGACAUCCCCGACGGCGCGAUCGCCCACGUGACCUGCUGGCUCGCACGGUAGCUCGGGAGGCGAUCGCCCUUCCCCCCGCGCCCCACGGACAAGACAGGCGGGGGAGGUGGGGGGCAGAGCCGGAUCCUCCCGUGGUCAUCCCUGGCCUGGCCGGGCAGGCGGCCCCGGGCGCCGGACGCCGGACUGGGCGCUGGGGCCCGGCGGCCAUUGGCUCGGGGCAUGGGAGCGGAGUGACACUUUACCCACCACACCCUGGGGCCCAGUCCCGCUGGAAAUAAAAAGUUUUUUUUAACCGAA